AUGGCAUUCAAAAACGGACUUAGUGAACGCCUCGACGAGCUGCGAUUCCCUUCCCCAAGGUCGCCUCCUUCGGAAUCCCCUUUUCCUGGUUAUAAUUCGCUUUCUCCAGGCCACACGAAUUUCGUCUCGGCGUUUUCGCGACCCUCGGGCGAAGUCCGUGGGAAUCUCCAGCGUCGGUUCACAACUGACUCCAGCAAACUCUCAUCCUGGAGCUAUGUGAAUCAUGCCGGAGGCAGCUCUCAGCUUCCGGGUCCCGAUCCCCUCGAUCUUCUGUCAUCGUUUGAGAGGAAGCGUCAACAUAUUGAAUCCAUGCGGGAGCAGAGGAGGAGAUUUGAGGAGGAUAUGAAGCUUUUGGACUUGCAACACGAGAAGGAAAGGCAAGAAAUGGAUCAGAUCGCUCUAGACUUAGCCAAAGCUGGCUUGUCUGGUCCAGUUAGCGAGCCUACCACCCCGCCAGAGUAUCGCGAGAACGCUUUUCCUGCGUUUACCCGUCCUACACGAUUCUCAACGUCUAGUGUUACUUCUUCUCCUGGUUUCUUCAACGUCUUUGCUCCGACUCAGGUGACCACUCCGCCGAGCCAGGUGAAUCACAGCUCCGCUCAGACUCCAACCAAUCGUUUCUCCGUUCACUCUGUUCCGGGGUCUCGCAGGAACUCAGAAAAAGAGGACUUCAAUGAAGAACCCACUUCCCCUUUUCGUCCAGGCCCAUCCAUCCAUCGAUAUUCAAUGCCGUCGACAGGCCUAGGAUCGCAGAUCCGUCCAAACCUGUCAGGCUUCAACAGCUCGUCGGGUCUGGAGACAUUCAAUGCCUCCAGAUAUCUCUUCCAUAAUGAAGACGACCGGGCGACUGUAAAGGAUGAGGACAGAAUUCCCACCCCGGAUAUCAAGAGCUACCUCAAGUUGACCGACCCGGACGACAAGUUUCCUACGCUGUCUCGAGGGGACGGGACGGGCCUGCUCUCUGCGAAUUCGGAUGCCUUAGAUCUAGCUAACUCGCGCACUCCCAAUCCUGAGACCUGGAACACUCAUAGUCGUCACCGCACCUCCCAUCAGAGUAUGCCGCAAAACGCUUUGAACAUGUUCCGCCUUGAGCAGCUUGGCAGUCCAACGGACGAGAGCAACUCUCAUACCUCAAACCCCUCUCGCCAUGCUGCGAGACAUUCCCUCGAGGCGAAUCUACUUUACAGCGCAGAGGGCGCAAAUGAAAACGUAACUGCUACUGCUUCCAGCAGGCCUGCGUCCUUGCAGUCAUCGUAUUCAACCAACGACUUGCCCACUGUGAAAGGCGAAACCUUCAAUCCUGCAAUCACGCCCCCUAAGACCCAUGCUGAGCAGUUCCAACAGCACAAUGCCAACCUGGGUCGGAUUCCUGCUAUGAAUGCUACUAAUAACCGCCCGCAGAAGGAUUCACCUGAGCGUGAUGAGGCCACGUUGCAGGGGCCUCGGUCUCAGCAGACCAUGCUGCAAGCCAGUGCCACACCUUUCGGUCCACAGCUUACCACCGGAGCUGCCAGUAGCAGCAGUAGCACGGUUACUCCGACUACCCUAACUCCGUUCCAAGCUCCCUUCUAUGGGUAUGGUAUCCAGGCGUACAUGGGGGCUCCGGUGCAGGUAAGCGGACAGCUGCAGAACUACAAUGCUACUGCUCCCUUUACUGGAUACGCGCCCUAUGGCAACUAUCGCCUAGCUGAAGGUCCCGCCAAGGCUGCUACGUCACGCAGAAACGGCGAGACCGAUACAGCCCAGCUCUCUCGCUUCACAAACUUCCCGCUUGAGCAUUAUCGGGGCGAGUUGUAUGGCCUCUGUAAGGACCAACAUGGCUGCAGGUAUCUGCAGAGGAAGUUGGAGGAGCGUAAUCCAGAACACGUUCAAAUGAUCUUUGAGGAAACUCACUUGCAUGUGGUUGAGCUCAUGACAGAUCCCUUCGGUAAUUACUUGUGCCAGAAAUUACUCGAAUACUCCAACGAUGAUCAGCGAACGGCUUUAAUCAACAACGCGGCCCACCAGCUGGUGAAGAUUGCCCUAAACCAACAUGGAACUAGGGCUCUUCAGAAGAUGAUUGAGUUUAUUUCCACUACAGAACAAACCCAAACCGUGAUCCACGCUCUAGAAGACCAUGUCGUUGAGUUGGUCCAGGAUCUGAAUGGAAAUCAUGUCAUCCAAAAAUGUCUCAACCGCCUUUCUGCUGAGGACGCUCAGUUCAUCUAUGAUGCCGUUGGCGCUAACUGCGUGGUUGUCGGCACCCACCGUCAUGGAUGCUGCGUUCUGCAGCGCUGCAUUGAUCAUGCGUCUGGUGAGCAAAGAGCUCGACUCAUUGCUCAAAUCACUUCAAAUGCAUUUGCCCUUGUCCAGGAUCCUUUUGGAAACUACGUCGUUCAAUAUAUUUUGGACCUUGCUGAACCUCACUUCACCGAGCCCUUGUGCCAGACUUUCCGAGGCAACAUUCCGGCCCUCUCCAAGCAGAAGUUCAGUUCAAAUGUCAUCGAAAAGUGCCUGCGCACUGCCGACUUCCCCAUUCGACGCCAGAUGAUUGAUGAAAUGCUUGCAGGAGCCGAACUUGAGAAAAUGCUCCGAGACUCCUUCGCCAACUACGUGGUGCAAACUGCCAUGGACUUUGCUGAUGCUGAGACUCGAACCCGGAUCGUUGAUUCCAUCCGUCCCAUAUUGCCUUCAAUUCGUCAGACCCCUCAUGGCCGUCGCAUUGCAGGCAAAAUGAUGGCAUCAGAAGGCUCUGGAAGAGGCAGUGCCGCAACUAGUGGACAGGUUACUCCCAACGAGAUGGGUUCCGCCCAGCUUCCGGGGCCUCUUCAGGGACCACAGAAACCAUUCCUGUACCAACACAACCCUUUCCCUGUUUCCAGUGUCGGUUCCCAGUUUGGAAAUCAAAACUUUGUUCCCGCCCCUGGCUCUGCGACAGGGUCUAAUGCUCCAUCCGGCGGGCCUGGCGAGGCUAUUUUCGCUUCUACUAUUCAGCAGCCAAACGGCAAUCUUGGUGCUCCAAGUCAGUUCCCAUCUACCUUAGUCGUCCACGGAAUCUCCGCAACCUGCAAAUCAACCAUCGUCCGCAAUGUCCUCGCUGCCCUGCAAGUCCCGCACGCCAUUGUCCGAAGCCCCGAGUGCAUCACGGGCCGUCACCUCCUAACGAAGAUUCUCUGGGCGACCUUGGAAGCGCUCGGGAAACGCGACGAGUGGGAAAAGUACGGCAAGGGAAGAUGCGAGCAUGUUAGUUCUCUGGCUGUGCUGCUGGGCGAGUGUCUCGCGUCGGCGUCGGCGUCGGAGGGAAGGAGGAACGAUAAAUUCGUGCUGGUGCUGGAUGGGAUAGAUAAGCAGCGUGAAGCGCCGCAUACGUUGUUGGCUGCGCUUGCGAGGUUAGGUGAAGUGAUUCCGUCCCUUUGCGUCGUCCUCAUCCUCAGCUCUACGCCGCGGCCAUUGUUUCUCCAGGCGGCGGGUGUUCCGCAUAUUAGUUUUCCUCCGUAUACGCGCAAGGAAGCCAUUACGAUUAUCCUGAAUGCUGGGCCUCCUGCCGUGAGUGGUCUGGCGGACGAGACGUCAUCGAGGUUAUACUCGCAUUUUGUCUCGGCGAUCUAUGACUCGUUGGUUGGGCCUACAGCGAGUUCUAUUCCGAUAUUCAGGUCGAUCUGUGAGAAGAUUUGGCCUCAGUUUGUUGCUCCUAUUACGAACGGCGAUAUUCCACCCGGGGGAAGCGAUGAAUGGGACUUCUCGCGACUUCUGGUCAAGAAUCGUGCUUUAUUCCGACACCAAGGCGAAAGCGCUCUUGUACAUCACAUUGUCACUGAGGAAUCCGCGCCCAUAAACGGCUCCAUGUCGAAACCAUCAAUGUUGGCCGUCUCGGCCCCUUCACCCCUUCCCUCCCUACCUUACUUCCCGACCCUGAUCUUGACCUCCGCAUACGUAGCCUCUCACACGCCUCAACGACUCGAUACGAUCUUUUUCUCGAAGUUUUCUUCAUCCUCCUUGUCUGCAAGGAACAAACGCGCACAUCAUAGACGACGGUUGAAGCUGCUCUCCCGGGCUCAAGCGGAAGAUAGUCGGGAGGCGAGCCAGGGCCCGUCGACCCCUAAUAAGAAAGGCAAGAGGCAAAAGACUCGUAUCACGAAGUCGACCCUGGAGUCUGCCUUUGCCACUUCUUCUGCUACGACUUCGGCUGUAGGUGGCGGCGCUGGUAUUACCGGCCCGUCCACGAUUCUCACAGCCCGUCCGUUCCCGUUAGAGCGACUGAUCGCUAUCUACCACGCCAUCGACCCCAACCCCCCUGCCAACCCUAUUCGCUUGGCUGCAGUUUCCGAUGCGAUAUAUGCCGAGCUUGCUACAUUACGCCGGCUACGGCUCGUUGUCCCUGCUGCAGGUCGCGAGAGCGGCGGUCGCAUGGGGCUCGGGUCCGGAGGGUUGAGUAGCGGUAACACAACAUCCGACGCCGGUGAGAAAUGGUGCGUCAAUGUCUCAGGCGAUUGGAUCGGAGAGUUGGCCAAAACUGUCGGGGUCGAGGUUGGUGAAUGGCUGGCGGGAGGGUUAGACUAA